ACCUUGACAACAGCGUUUAUAUUCUAAUUUUCCCAGCACCAAACAAACACUCAACCUAACUUAUAAACUUUCUCUUCUUUUUCUCGGAAAAUCAAAAACUAAAAAUCUGGAUUAUUAUUUUCCCUGGAAAAUAAUUCAAUAUCCGCAUUUGCAUGCAGGGUUUUGAGCAUCUGACAAUGUCAAUCUGAAACGAAAUGUUUUCACAGAGUUGAAGGCAUGGCAAACGAGACUCGACCUAGUCGAAGUGUUAAAGACGAUGAGAGUAACAAUUCGAAAGUGAGGCAGAGCAGUGGUAAAGAAUCGACUACCUCUGCUGGCUCUGCGGCAACGUCUGGGUUAAGAAGGUCUGUUAGAGAAACUUCAUCGUCGAAGAGGACGAAGGUUCCGAGCCCUAGUCCGCCGACUAUUCGGAAAUCUGAGCGGCUUGAGGAGAAGCGUACGCCGAUUCAGAGGAAAUCUGAGAGGAUUGAGAAGAGGGAAACGCUGAGUUCUCUUAGGAGAUCUGUUAAGAGUAAGAAGAUUACCAAGUCGAGUUCUUCUGGAUCAAAGAAAUCUGGGAAGAGCUCAAGCUCAUCUGUGGCGAAGCCGAAGAAGGAAAAGAAGGAGAAGAGUGUGAAGGAGUUGACAAUGGAAACUAAAGAGUUAGGGAAAAGUGUAGAAGAGGAUGAAUCUGUUGCUGAACCGGUGAAAAAAAAGCGAAUGGAUGCUCGGGCUUAUAGGGCAUUGUUCAAAAAACAACCAAAGAGGGUCAAUGCUGCAGCGCAUCACGAGGAGCAGAAUAGGCUGGAUAAGUUCUCCCAGGGAGGUAGCAGCAAUCGUGGGGGUGGCGAAUGUAGUAGAAGGCAGGAGGAGGAACCGGCAGAGGAAACUUUGGUGGGAUUGGAUUCUAGUGUACACAAAUUUGCAAAGGGAAAAUUAGAAGAUAAAAGUGGAGUGGAAUUGUCCCACCCAAGCCAGAGGCAUAUCUCUUCUGCUGAAAGUUGCAGGUCUGAUGAUGGAGAUGGCAUGGAAGUUUCUCAGAGUGGUGAUUCUUCGUCAUUUAAUAAUGCCAUGGCCAAAGCAAUGAGUGAUGGUCCUGAAAGGGUACAGGCAGAUUGUUUUGUAAAGGAAAAUUUACAGACACCCGAUUUGAUAGAUUCCACACUGAAAGGAGGGUCACUUGACGGUGACUCAGGAAAGUGUCAGGAAGUCGUACCUGUAAAUAAUAGAAAAAGAAAGUCAGUGGAAAUGGGUUCUGAUACUUCUGCUAUAAUUGCAAGAAAAGAUACCUGCACCCCAAUAGCUGAUGCCAUCUCUUCAAUGCCACCUGCGUGUGAAAGAAAUGAUCUUGUUGAGACAUGUGGCACAUGUUUUAAGAGGCAAAGAGUGGAUCAUGAUUCGACGAAGCCAGAGUUCUGCCCUUGCAACAAGAAGUUGAGCCAGGGGUUGCGUGACAUUUCCAUUAAUAAGGAUAGAGGGAAACCUGGAGACAAUGUUACAGUUGGUUAUUCUGGAAAGCGCAACGAUUAUUUGCAGCAAAAGGAAUCUUCUGUAGAUCUUCAAAGAGAAAGUGACCAAAAUAUAUGCCUUUCUUGCAAGCUUGGCGGGAAGCUAUUGUGCUGUGAAGGAAGAGGCUGCAGAAGAAGUUACCAUCUUUCUUGUCUAGAUCCUCCUUUGGAAGAUGUUCCCCUUGGAGUUUGGCACUGUCCUGUAUGUGUGAGGAAGAAGAUAGAAGCAGGUGUACAUUCAGUGUCAGAGGGUGUGGAGUCAAUCUGGGAUGAAAGAGAAGUGGAGGUGUUAGAUGUUGAUGGUUUGCAAAAGCAGAAGCAGUUUUUUGUUAAAUACAAAGGUCUGGCUCAUGUUCAUAAUCGUUGGGUGCCAGAAAGUCAACUCAUUCUUGAAGCUCCAUCUCUUGUUACGAAAUUCAACCGAAAACACCAGGUUGUGAAGUGGAAGCAAGUAUGGACAUUGCCACAUCGUUUGCUGCAAAAAAGAUUGUUAUUGUUAUUGUCUCCCAGAGAGUGUGAUAAAUAUCAUAAGGGGCCUGCUGGUGAUAAUCUAGGUUGCCACUACGAAUGGCUUGUGAAAUGGCGCAGUCUAGACUAUGAGCAUGCUACAUGGGAAUUGGAGAAUGCUUCAUUUUUAUGUUCACCUGAAGGUCUGGGCCUUAUUAGAGAUUAUGAAAAUCGUCGCAGAACAGCAAGGUCAACUUCUAGAGUAGAUAAGAUGGCACAGAGAGAAAGAAGUUCCUCAGAUAAAUUGUUGCAGAUGACAGCUGGAGGUUCACCUGCAUUUGACAAUAAUUAUCUAGACUACGUUAACAAGCUACGUGAAUUUUGGAACAAAUGCCAGAAUGCAGUUGUUAUUGAUGAUCAGGAACGCAUUGUGAAGGUGAUUGCGUUUAUGUUAUCUUUGCAGCCUGAUGCCCAUCAGCCGUUUCUCAUCAUCUCAACUUCCACAGCACUUUAUUCUUGGGAUCAUGAGUUCUUGCGUUUGGCACCAUCUCUCUAUGUUGUGGUUUACAAUGGAAACAAAGAUAUGCGAAAAUUUAUCAGGACACUAGAGUUCUAUGAGGAUAGCGGUUGCCUAUUGUUUCAAGUACUUAUAACCUCACCAGAAGUUAUAAUGACGGAUCGUGAUAUGUUAGAAUGCAUACGUUGGGAAGCAAUAGUAGUUGAUGAGUGCCAACGUUCUGUAAUUUCUUCACAUUUUGAACAUAUUAAGAUGUUGCAUACUGAUAGGAGGCUUCUUCUUGUCAAUGGUCAAUUAAAGGAUAGCAAAGAUGAAUAUCUUAAGUUGCUUUCUGUGCUUGACUCUCCGGGUGAUUUGAAUACUGAUGAUGUUUCAAUAGCUAGUUCCAAUGAAAAUGUCUAUAAAUUGAAGGAAAGGUUGUCAAAGUAUAUUGCAUAUGGAUGCAUGUCAGACUCUUCUAGGUUUCUAGAGUACUGGGUACCAGCACAGUUAACUAAUGUGCAGCUUGAGCUGUAUUGUGCUACUCUACUCUCAAAGUCCAUGGCACUUCGCUCAUUUUCAAAGAAUGACUCUGUUGAGGCUCUCCGUGAUAUUCUUAUUACUACCCGGAAGUGUUCUGAUCAUCCCUAUGUUGCGGAUCCAUCCCUCCAAGAGUUACUAACUACAGGCCUUCAACCAGUUGAGUAUUUAGAUGUUGGAAUAAAUGCAAGUGGCAAGCUACAACUUCUUGACUUGAUGCUUAUGGAGAUAAAAAAACGAGGUUUAAGAGCACUUAUUCUUUUUCAGGCGAUUGGUGGUUCUGGAAGAGAUACUAUUGGAGAUAUUUUGGAUGACUUCCUGCGUCAAAGAUUUGGUGCAGAAUCUUAUGAACGUGUUGAAAUGGGUGUUAUACGUUCUAAGAAGGAAGCUGCUAUGAAUAUGUUCAACAACAAGGAGUGUGGGAGGUUUGUGUUUUUAUUAGAAUACCGUGCUUGUCUUCCAAGCGUGAAGCUGUCAUCGGUUGAUACUGUACUAAUAUUUGAUAGUGAUUGGACUCCUAUGAAUAAUUUAAGAGCUCUGCAAAGGAUAACACUUGACUCACAGCCUGAGCAGAUAAAAAUAUUCCGUUUAUAUUCAUCUUUUACUGUGGAAGAAAAUGUUCUAAUCCUUGCAAAGCAAAAAAAGAUAUUUGAAAGCUUACAGAACAUUACCCGGAGUACUAGCCAUAUGCUGCUCAUGUUGGGGGUAACUCAUUUAUUUGAUAAUUUGGAUAAGUUCCAUUGUGGCAAUACUCCAGCCUCUAGUGCAAGUAAUAUGUCUGAACAAUCACGUAUGAAAGAUAUAGUCCGGGAGUUCUUGUCCAUACUUCAGAAUGGUGAAGCCACUGACACAAGUAACUUGUCUAUAAUUUUGAAAGUUCAACAAGUAGGAGGAUCUUACAGCAUGAGUUCUCCAUUGCCUGGUGAGCUUAUAGUUCCUCCAUCAGAUGAAUCACAACCCCACAUUUUUUGGGCAAAAUUGUUGGAGGGAAAGAAUCCUCCAUGGAAAUAUUGUGUUGGUUCAUCUCAGAGGAAUCGGAAAAGGGUUCAACAUAUUGAUGAGUUGCCAAGGAGAUCAGAAGUUGACAGCGAAGAAGUUGUAAAGAAACGCAAGAAGGUGGUCAACAGUAAUGUUGAUCCACCCUUUCUUAAAUGUAGACCAGAGGAAAGAACAAAUGCAGGGGACAAGGAAGGUGAGCAUAUUGUGUCUCAAUCUGUCCGUGGGUCAACUGCUCUUGUGAAUGAUAACCUUGAUGCAAAUCAUGCUCCUACCUCACCUUGGUUGGCUAAUAGUAUUUCAGAAUUACCAGAAGGUAACACGAGUGAGUCUGAGGAACGGAGAAAAUUGCAUGAUGCACAGAAGAUUCUCCAUCUUGAUUUGAAGAAACAGAUAAAACAACUAUGCCAAAUCCUACAACUCACAGAGGAUGUCAAGGACAUGGUUGAAAAGUUUCUUGAAUAUGUAAUGACUAAUCAUCAUGUCAACAGAGAACCAGAGACAAUAUUGCAGGCUUUUCAGAUAUCUCUGUGUUGGACUGCAGCUUCAUUGUUAAAGCACAAAAUUGACCACAAAGAGUCGCUUGCACUUGCGAAACAGCAUCUAAAUUUUGACUGCAAGAAAGAUGAGGUGGACUAUGUUUACUCAUUGUUGCGGUGCCUGAAGAAAAUGUUUUUAUGCCGUACAGGGAUUUUCAAAGUUUCAGAUUAUCCAAAUGUUUGCGAAUUGUCAAGUAAAGGUGUUACAGAUGACCAUUCACGUGCGAGGCUUUCACGUUCAAUGACAUCUAGCCCACAAAAGGUGAAUGGAGAGGUUGAAACUCUGUCAUUGCAUCAAGAAUUCUCUGAUAAACAGGUCCUUUCCCAGCUAGGAUCAGUGCCUGAAUUUAGAUUAGCACUGAAAGAUGUCACAAAAAGUAUCAAAGAAAUUCAGAAGAAGUGUAACAAGCAGUUGAUGAAAGUUAGUCAGAAGCAAGAGGAAGAAAAGAAUGAGAUUAAGCGAACUUAUGAGGAAGAAAAGUCACUUCUUGAGAAAAAGCACAGAAUGGAAUCAACUAUAUUCCGUACUUGUUUGCAAAGUAAUAUUUCUUUGAGAGCAGAUAAGCUUAAGAUACUGGAUAAUGAAUAUGUAAACAAACUUGAAGUUCUGGCACAGCAGCUAGAAAUGCGCCUAAAAACUCUAGAGGAUAUGCAUCAAGCUGCAAGAAACAAGUUGGCUGAGAGGGAGGCCCGCUGGGUGGAAGAUGUAAAGUCCUGGGCUCAAGUUGAAUUAAUGGGCAAGACAUGUUCAAAUGGGCCUGAGUGUGGAGUGAAAUGCUUGCAGACAACUGAACAAGUUACAGUUCAUGCUGGUCCUAAGAAUGUUGCACCUGUUUCUGGUCAUCUAUCAGAAGAGUGUAUUCCUCGCAAAACUGCACCUAGUUUACCAGGCCAUGGAUUGGGAUUUAUUGAAUUACCAGAAAAUGUGCCUGACAAAGCUGUUGCAUGCAGUGGUGCCGUUGAAACACUGGCUCCCCUGCAUAGGCCUGAUACUGCGAAUGAUGAAUCAAAUACCAUCAGUUCUGAGAGUGUCUCAGUUACUGGAUUUGUGAACUGCAAUGGAACUGGCACUUCAGGUGAUGUUCAAGUGAAAAUUGGCUCUAUUAAUCCUUGUACCAAAGAGUGUAAUCGUGAUGGAGCCACUUCUAGUAAGCCAGAUGAUGAGGUUCUACUGGAAGUGCCUGAAACUGUCAGUUCCAGUGAUGGUACCAAGAAAGUGGUCCCAUCUUCAUCUGAAGAAGGGAGAGACACAUUAAGUGUGCCUCAUGGAGAAGUUCCAAUGGGAAUUCAUGAUAGUUCAACUGAGUUUCCAGAGAAGGUACUCUCGUUGAAUUUGCCUUCUACUGAGCAGAUUCCUGAUGAGGCUACAUUAAGUGUGCCUGGCACAGAGGUUCUGUUGAAAGUUCCUGAAACUCACAAUUCCAAUGAUGGUCUGCAAAAUGUUGUCUCUGUUGAUGGAUCCAGUCUACCAACUGAAGGGGUUCCAUUUGGAGUUCCUGAGACUGUUAGUUCCAAUGAUGGUCUGGAGAAUUUUCUUUCUGUGACUCCGCUUUCAUCUGAUGAACAAAUUCUUGACAGAGCUUCAUCAAGCAUGCCUAAUGGAGAAGUUCAAUUGGAAAGUGCUGCCAGUAAAGUGGUGGAGUUUAAUAACACCAACAACCACAAUGAUGGAUCAUAUGCUGUGGCCUCAGAUCAUUUUAUUAGAGUUGACCAGCAGGAUGGAGUGGAUAAUACUAUCAAUCAAAACUCUCAUUCUCAGAUGCUCUCUCUGGUAAAUUCACCUUCAGUGCAGCCCAUGACAACCUUGGAUCAAGGAAGUCCUUUGCCAUUUGAACAGGCACUCCAAGAUGAAGGCACACCAAUCUCCACAUCUGCCCGUUUUCCAGUUAGAGAUGCACCAGCUAAUGAGAUGCAGAAUACUUCACAUCAAGUUGAAUCUUCAGUAUCUAAUCAAGAUGAAGCUGUGCCUUCCAAUCGAUUGAAUCAUGAAGCGGCCACAACAGAGCCUUUGACGCAAAUACAGCUGUUAUCACCUGCAGAUUCACACACUGGCAAUAAUGUUGAUUUACCUUCAACUGGUGGAAUCGAACCUCAGCUAAGCUCUGGAGGCCAUACAUCCAACCAACUUGCUCAGACUCCUACACAAGCAGUUGAGAAUCCUGUUGAGCUUUCAAAUCAAGCUGUUUCGCAACCUUCAACAUCUUAUGCAUCACAUUUGCCCAUUGAUGCACCUAUGGUUGGCUUGGGAACACAUUUAUCAGACACCAGGAUGAUGCCCACUACAGAAAUUAGUAAUCCUCCUAUUCCAAAUGCAGCCCCUGUGGCAUCCAGCAUGUCUUUGCUUUUGUAUCCUGACCCACUUCAAUAUGAGUUCGAAAGAAUACGUAAAGAAACAGACCAAGCCGAGAACUCCCAUAAAGAUGCAAAGUUGCAGCUCAAGUCUGAUUGUGAGAAGGAGAUUGAGGAGCUUACUGCCCAAAUUCGUAGGAAGUAUGACAUGAAAAUUCAGGAGAUGGAAUCUGAAUUUCUGCUUAAAAAGAAGGAACUGGAUGCAAAUCGUAACAAAGUUCUAAUGAAUAAGAUCUUGGCCGAGGCUUUUAGGUCUAAAUGCAUGGAUCUUAGGGUACCUGGUCCAUCAGGAAUGCCGCGAGAUGUGAAUUUAAGUUUCGUGCAGCAGCUGUUUCAGCUAUCGAUGCAGCAAAAUGCACAAAGACCUCUUACAGCCAGUCCAUCUUCAGCCAGCCCGUCUGGAGCUAGUCUGCAGAAUACCAGUUUACCUGCAGCUAGCCUUCAGACCAUACCACCUGCAGCUAGCCUUCAGACCAUACCACCUGCAGCUAGUCCUCAUAUUACAAACCCAACUGUGCAGACUUUUAACCAUUCAUCUUCAGUUUUCCCGAGUAUUCCAACAAGACCUCCCAACAUCAGCCCCAUCUCCCCUCCCACAGGAAAUCUCCAGGUUGGCAGUGAAAUUCGUGCCCCAGCUCCACACCUGCAGCCUUUUAGACCUACAUCCGUGUCUCCAAUCAGUCUCCCUUCUCUUCAGCGUGGGCUGCCUAGUCAGCAGGCACCUUGCAACUCCACUGCAACGUCUACCUCACUUGCCCAUCAGCAACCCCGAGCAGCAGCACCUACAUACCAACCUGGUCCUUACAGUAGGGGCCAGUGGCUUGAAACUUCUGGUGGGUUGCCAUCUGCUCUGGAGUUGCUUAUGGACGUUGACAGUCAAUCUGGUGCAAAGUUGCGCCGACAACCUGAGUUAUGCUCAAACUUUGACUCCCUAAACAUCUCAGAAUUCGGCACAAGUAGUACACGGGUCAAUGCUGUCCGUACAGGUGGAAGCCCUGACAUUGUUUGUUUAUCAGAUGAUGACUAACCAGCCUAGGGAUUUUGUAUAGUAUGUGCAUACUGUCUAACUACCCCAUUAGUGUUCCUUGGAGCCCUGUAACUUUGUGCCUGAAGGAAAGCUUGUGACCUGGCCUAGUGAGAGGAUGGAAAAGCUGUACUGCUGAUGCUAGGAAUUUGCUGCCGUACAUUGUCGUUUUUUGUUCUAGUUGUGCAAUGCAAAAUUCAUUGUCUUUUUCCCUUGUAAUAUAUUUCUUUUGCUGCAUGGCUAGAAAUUUCAAGUUAUGAACUAAUGCAAAUGGGCUUUAAUAUUCAAUUCAUGAAUUAUUGUCGGACAGAGUUGUACUUAAAAUAAUCUUGUUAAAACUGAUGUGAUUACAUAUAGUGGUACUAAGCAUAACAUGCGAACAACCAAACGUGAGCAAAAUGUGCUGAAUUUAUGGUGGAA